CAACGAAAAUUGUUUAUAUUGUAAUAAACCUUUUAUUGAAGAAUUAUGGUGUAAAGAAUGUAUUAGUUCUUUGGAAAAAUUAUCCGAAAAUGGUGAUAAAGUAGCAAUGUUUAAUUUAGCUAAUAAAUAUAGAGAUGUGGAAGGAGCAAAAAAGAAUUUAGAAAAAGCAUUUUUUUUAUAUCAAAAUGCAGCAGAAAAAAAUCAUAUUGAAGCAAUGUUUAAUCUAGCCAAAAGGUAUUACAAUGGAGAAGGAACAGAAAAGAAUUUAGAAAAAGCUUUUCACUGGUAUCAAAAAGCAGCAGAAAAUGGUUAUGAAAAAGCAAUGAAUAAAUUGGCCAUAUGCUAUUAUAAUGGAGAAGGAACAGAAAAGAAUUUAGAAAAAGCCUUUCAUUGGUUUCAAAAAUCAGCAGAAAAUGGUGAUGAAGUAGCAAUGUUUAAUUUAUCCAAUAGCUAUUAUAAUGGAGAAGGAACAGAAAAGAAUUUAGAAAAAGCCUUUCAUUGGUUUCAAAAAGCAGCAGAAAAAAAUCAUAUUAAAGCAAUGUUUAAUUUAGCCAUAUGUUAUGAAAAUGGAAAAGGUACAAAAAGGAAUUUAGAAAAAGUUUUUCAUUGGUAUCAAAAAGCAGCAGAAAACGGUAAUGAAGAUGCAAUGUUUAAUUUAGCCAUAUGUUAUAGAAAUGGAGAAGGAACAAUAAAAAAUUUGAAAAAAGCCUUUUAUUGGUAUCAAAAAGAAGCAGAAAAUGGUGUUAAGGAAGCAAUGUUUAAUUUAGCUAUAUGUUAUGAAAAUGGAAAAGGGAUGGAAAAGGAUUUAGGAAAGCCUUUUAUUGCCUUUUAUUGGUAUCAAAAAGCAGCAGAAAAUGGGUUUACUGAUGCAAUGUUUAAUUUAGCAAUAUUUUAUGAAAUUGGACAUGGAACAAAAGAGAAUUUAGAAAAAGCCUUUUAUUGGUAUCAAAAAGCAGCAGAAAAUGGGUUUACUGAUGCAAUGUUUAAUUUAGCAAUAUUUUAUGAAAUUGGACAUGGAACAAAAGAGAAUUUAGAAAAAGCCUUUUAUUGGUAUCAAAAAGCAGCGGAAAAUGGUCAUGAAGUUGCAAUAUACAAAUUAGCCAUAUUUUAUGAAAUUGGAGAAGGAACAAAAAAGAAUUUAGAAAAAGCCUUUUAUUGGUAUCAAAAAGCAGCGGAAAAUGGGUUUGAAUAUGCAAUGAAUGAAUUAGCCAAUAGUUAUGAAAAUGGAAAAGGAACAGAAAUGAAUUUAAAAAAAGCCUUUUUUUGGUAUCAAAAAGCAGCAGAAAAAGAUCAUAUUAUAGCAAUGAAUAAUUUAGCCAUAUUUUAUAAAAAUGGAAAAGGAAUAGAAAAGAAUUUAGAAAAAGCCUUCUAUUGGUAUCAAAAAGCAGCAGAAAAUGAUAAUGAGAUUGCAAUGAAUAAUUUAGCCAUAUGUUAUGACAAUGGAGAAGGAAUAGAAAAGAAUUUAGAAAAAGCCUUCUAUUGGUAUCAAAAAGCAGCAGAAAAAGAUCAUAUUAAAGCAAUGAGUAUGUUUUAUAAUGAAGAAGGAACAGAAAAAAAUUUAGAAAAAACCUUUUGUUUGUAUCAAAAUGCAACAAACCAUAUGUUAUGAAAAUGAAGAAAAGACAGAAAAGAAUUUAGAAGAAGUCUUUCAUUUGUACAAAAAAGCAGCAGAAAAUGGUAUUAAAGAAGCAAUGAAUAAUUUAGCCAAUUGGUAUUAUAGUAGAGAAGAUACAGAAAAGAAUUUAAGAAAUGCCUUCAUUUUGUAUAAAAUAGAAGUAAAAAAUGGUGUUAAAGAAACAAUGUUUAAUUUAGCUAAUAAAUAUAGGAUUGGAAAAGAAGUAGAAAAAAAUUUAGAAAAGGCCUUUUAUUGGUAUCAAAAAGCAGCGGAAAAUGGGUUUAAAGAUGCAAUGUUUAAUUUAGCCAAUUGUUAUUAU